UGUUUUGGUUCGCAAAUUUCGGGGCUUGUUUUUGGUGGCAGAAAAGCCGGUGUUUCGUAAAGUUUUCAUUGAACAAAUAAUAAAUGGCAACGUGCUGUGCACAGUGAAAGAAUCAUAAAUAACGACCAUCAUUCUCACUAUCGGUUGAACCAUCACCGAGCGACAUGGUAACAAGGUGGUUUUUUUCAAGAAGAUUCUCUUCGCAAAUACAGCACUCGUUCGUGACCACUCCAAUCUUCUACGUGAAUGCAGCACCUCACAUUGGCCACCUUUACUCGGCUGUGAUAGCCGAUGCAAUCCAUCGCUUUAAUCAAAUUACCCGCCCGGCCGAAUCAGGAGACUGUUUUCUAAGUACCGGAACCGACGAGCAUGGUCUAAAGAUCCAGCAAGCCGCCAUUAAGCAUUCCACCUCGACGGAGGACUAUUGUGAUGCCAUUUCCACCAAGUAUCGCGAGCUGUUUGGCCGGUUUCAGAUUGACUACAGUCGUUUCAUCCGUACCACCGACACGGAUCAUCGGCAGGCCGUGCAGGCGUUUUGGAGAUCGCUAGCCGCAUCCGACAGUAUCUACUCGGCGAGCUAUUCCGGCUGGUACUGCGUACCGGACGAAACAUUUCUCACCGACAGCCAGCUGAAGGAAAACGAGCGUGGGGAAAAAUGUUCGCUCGAGUCCGGGCAUCCGGUCGAAUGGACGGAGGAAGAAAAUUACAUGUUUCGGCUGAGCCGCUACCAGGACGAUGUGCGGCAUUGGGUGAAAGGGCUCGAGGGUCGUCGCAUACAGCCGGACAAGUUCGGUCGCAUAUUGCUCGACUGGCUGGAAGAACCGUUGCCUGACAUUUCGAUUUCACGCCCAAUGAAUCGCGUGUCCUGGGGCGUUCCGGUACCAUCGGACCCAUCUCAAUCGGUGUACGUGUGGUUAGAUGCACUGGUAAACUAUCUGACGGUGGCCGGCUAUCCCAAGGAAAGCUUCCGCAUCCGGUGGCCACCGACCGUGCAGGUGCUGGGGAAGGAUAUAUUAAAGUUUCACGGAAUCUACUGGCCAGCCUUUCUGCUGGCAGCACAAAUCGAACCACCGCGGCAGCUGUUGGUGCAUUCGCACUGGACAGUUGACAAUCAGAAGAUGUCUAAAAGCAAACAGAACGUUGUGGAUCCUAACGAGCGAGCGGAACUUUACACCUACGAAGGAUUGCGCUAUUUUCUACUGCGCGAAGGAGUGGCACACAGUGAUGGGAAUUACAGUGAUACAAAAGUGCUGCGAAUAUUGAAUUCGGAGCUGGCCGAUACGCUGGGCAAUUUGCUUUCACGUUGCUGUGGAAAAGCUUUGAACGCUGAGUCUAUAUUCCCGGCAGUCGAUAGGGAAGCGCUCGAAACAUUGAAACAGAUUGAUGCCACAAAACGGAUGCUAGAAGCUUUGGAAGAGAUGCCCGACAAAACAUCGAGCCAUUACAAAAACUACAACUUUUAUCUCGUAGUCGAUACAAUCGUUCAUCUUCUGCAUACAGCGAACAAUUUCUUCGAAACCACCGCACCGUGGAAGUUGAAGAAAAGCGAUAAUCCAGCCGAUCGCGCCAAGCUCAACACCAUACUGUCUGUAACGAUGGAAGUGCUUCGCCAAGCUGGAAUAGCCGCACAACCGAUCGUGCCGGGACUAUCGAAGCAGCUGCUGGAUAAGCUGCAAAUUGUUCCCACUGCUCGUAGGUGGAACAAUCUUCAGGUAUCCUUCCGUACGCAAGAUGCUCCGCUGGCGCAAGACGAAUGCAUACUGUUCCGUCGUAUUAUGCCGCCGGCGCAAAAAACGGAUCCGGAUCAGAAUCGGUCCGAAAAACGUCCCACUAAAAAGAAGAAACAAGCUGCUUGAUUGUGUGAUGUAGAGAUUGGUAGGAAAUAAAGUAUUUAGUUGAUUGCAGGUGCACGGAUUUGUGCAAUCGUAGCAUAA